AAGCGCGAAGUAUCGCGGGAGCCUAGGGACCUCUCGCGAGACUUUGGGCGCUCGCCCCUCCCCCUCCACCAAGUGCCGUUUCGGUUUAAUCUAGUGUGUGACUGAGUCUGGGUGAGGGAGCGGGAUGUGUAUGUGAGGUGUCGGGGUGAGGCGGAGGCUAGAGAAGGGGGCUCCCUCGGGGACGAGGGACAAAGCGGGAGGUCAGGCCACCUAGGCCGCCGAGCCCGGGCGCCGAACCGGACUACCGGGUAGAGGAAGGGCCCGCGCAGUCCUCCCGGGGCGCCAGAGCCGGAGUCGGCCCCUCAGACUCGGGCGCUCGGCUUCCUGCUUCCUUGCGGUCCCAGGCUCGCGGGCCUGAAGAUCGGCGCGGGUGGGCGGCGGCGGCGAGCAGACUCGAGUUGCUGCGGGUGUCUCGCUCCUUCCACCGCCGAGGAACUCUCAUUUCUUCCCUCGCUCCUUCCCUCCCCCCCCCACCUCAUGUAGGAGGGCGCUGAGGAGGCGAGAGGGAGGAGGAGCCUGGCCUGCGGUCCCUUCCCUCCCCACCCCCUUUUAGGGGUUCCUUGGUGGGCGUGGGGUCGGGGGGGAGGGUGGGGCUUUUUGGAGUGCUGGGGAACUUUUUCCCCUUCUACAGGCUUGGGGAAAGGGAAUGCCCAAUUCCGAGAGACAUGGGGGUAAGAAGGACGCGAGCGGAGGAGCUUCUGGAACUUCGCAGCCGUCAUCGGGAGGUGGCAGCUCCAACAGCAGGGAGCGUCACCGCUUGGUGUCGAAGCACAAGCGGCAUAAGUCCAAGCACUCCAAAGAUACGGGGCUGGUGACCCCCGAAGCAGCAUCUUUGGGUACAGUAAUCAAACCUUUGGUGGAGUAUGAUGACAUCAGCUCGGAUUCAGACACCUUCUCGGAUGACACGUCCUUCAAAUUAGACAGGAGGGAGAAUGAUGAGCGUCGUGGAACGGAUCGGAGUGACCGCCUGCACAGACAUCGUCACCACCAGCACCGGCGGUCUCGAGACUUGCUAAGAACUAAGCAGACCGAGAAAGAAAAAAACCAGGAAGUCUCCAAAUCUGGGUCCACGAAGGACCGGAUAUCAGGAAGUUCAAAGCGUUCAGCGGAGGGGAGUGAUGACUAUGGGAAGGCACAAGUAUCCAAAAGCAGCAGCAAGGAAUCCAGGUCAUCCAAACUCCACAAGGAGAAGACCCGGAAAGAACGUGAGUUGAAGUCCGGGCACAAGGACCGGAGUAAAAGUCAUCGGAAAAGGGAAACACCCAAAAGUUACAAAACGGUGGAUAGCCCCAAACGGAGAUCCAGGAGUCCGCAUAGGAAAUGGUCUGACAGUUCCAAGCAAGAUGACAGCCCUUCAGGAGCGUCUUAUGGCCAAGACUACGACCUUAGCCCCCCAAGGUCUCACACUUCUAGCAAUUAUGACUCUUACAAGAAGAGUCCUGGGAGUACCUCAAGAAGGCAGUCAGUCAGCCCACCUUACAAAGAGCCUUCUGCUUACCAGUCCAGCGCUCGCUCACCCAGCCCCUACAGUAGACGACAGAGGUCUGUGAGUCCCUAUAGCCGGAGACGGUCAUCCAGCUACGAAAGGAGCGGCUCUUAUAGCGGGAGAUCACCCAGUCCCUACGGUCGAAGGCGAUCUAGCAGCCCUUUCUUGAGCAAGAGGUCUCUGAGUCGGAGUCCGAUCCCCAGUAGGAAAUCCAUGAAGUCCAGAAGCAGAAGUCCUGCAUAUUCAAGACACUCAUCUUCUCAUAGUAAAAAGAAGAGAUCCGGGUCACACAGCCGUCAUUCCAGUAUCUCACCUGUCAGGCUUCCAUUGAAUUCCAGCCUGGGAGCUGAACUCAGUAGGAAAAAGAAGGAAAGAGCAGCUGCUGCAGCAGCAGCAAAAAUGGAUGGAAAAGAUUCCAAGGGUUCACCCAUCACUCUGACUAAAAAAGAUAAAGUUGAGGUGAAGGAGUCAGGGUUAGAGUCUAAAAAGUUACCCAGAGGUAUAAAGUCAGAAAAAUCUAUCCCAGACACUGAACUGAUAAAUGUAGCACAUUCAAACACAGAGGUAAAAAAUUGUUUAGAUGUAGGGAAAGUUAAGUUGGAUGAGAACCUGCAGAAGCAUCCUGUUCUUAAGGAUUUGAAAGCUCAGGGAGUAAAAGACACUAAACCUGUAGCACUGAAGGAGGUGAUUGUUACUUCUAAGGAGACAGAGACGUCAGAAAAGGAGGCCCUUCCACCUCUCCCCACAAUUACUUCUCCACCCCCUUUACCAUCUACUACCCCUCCACCUCAGGCACCCCCUUUGCCACCUUUGCCUCCACUACCAGCUAUUCCACUGCAGCCACCUCUGCCUCCUCCCCAACCACCAUCUAGUCAAGCUCCUGUUUCUAGUGCUUCAACUUUGCCCUCUUCUCCUCACCCAAGGACAUCUACUCUGUGCUCUCAGACAAAUUCUCAGCCCCCUGUACAGGUUUCUGUGAAGACUCAAGUAUCUGUAACAGCUGCUAUUCCACAUCUGAAAACUUCAACAUUGCCUCCUCUGCCCCUCCCUCCCUUGUUACCUGGAGAUGAUGAUAUGGAUAGUCCAAAAGAAAUGGUUCCAUCAAAGCCUGCAAAGAAAGAGAAGGAGCAGAGAACUCGCCAUCUACUCACCGAUUUGCCUCUUCCUCCUGAGCUACCAGGUGGUGAUCCAUCUCCCCCAGAUUCUCCAGAGCCAAAGGUGAUUACGCCUCCUCAACAACCGUAUAAAAAGAGACCAAAAAUUUGUUGUCCUCGUUAUGGAGAAAGAAGACAAACAGAAAGUGAUUGGGGGAAGCGAUGUGUGGAUAAAUUUGACAUUAUUGGGAUUAUUGGAGAAGGAACGUAUGGUCAAGUAUAUAAAGCCAAGGACAAAGACACAGGAGAACUAGUAGCUCUGAAGAAGGUUCGACUAGAUAAUGAGAAAGAGGGCUUCCCAAUCACAGCCAUCCGAGAGAUCAAAAUCCUUCGUCAGUUAGUACAUCGAAGUGUUGUUAACAUGAAGGAAAUUGUUACAGACAAACAAGAUGCACUGGAUUUCAAGAAAGACAAAGGUGCCUUUUACCUUGUAUUUGAAUAUAUGGACCAUGACUUAAUGGGACUACUAGAAUCAGGUUUGGUGCACUUUUCUGAGGACCAUAUCAAGUCAUUCAUGAAACAGCUAAUGGAAGGAUUGGAUUACUGUCACAAAAAGAAUUUCCUCCAUCGGGAUAUUAAAUGUUCUAACAUUUUGCUGAAUAACAGUGGGCAAAUCAAACUAGCAGAUUUUGGACUUGCUCGGCUAUAUAACUCUGAAGAAAGUCGCCCUUACACAAACAAAGUCAUUACUUUGUGGUAUCGACCUCCAGAACUGCUACUGGGAGAGGAGAGAUACACACCAGCCAUUGAUGUUUGGAGCUGUGGAUGUAUCCUUGGGGAACUGUUCACAAAGAAACCUAUUUUUCAAGCUAAUUUGGAACUGGCUCAGCUAGAACUGAUCAGUCGUCUCUGUGGUAGCCCUUGUCCAGCAGUGUGGCCUGAUGUUAUCAAGCUGCCCUACUUCAACACCAUGAAACCGAAGAAGCAAUAUAGGAGACGUCUAAGAGAAGAAUUCUCUUUCAUUCCUUCAGCAGCUCUUGAUUUAUUGGACCACAUGCUGACACUUGAUCCUAGCAAGCGUUGCACAGCUGAACAGACCCUACAGAGUGAUUUCCUUAAAGAUGUAGAACUCAGCAAAAUGGCACCUCCAGACCUACCUCACUGGCAGGAUUGCCAUGAAUUGUGGAGUAAGAAACGUCGACGCCAGCGACAAAGUGGUAUUGUAAUAGAAGAGCCACCUCCGCCCAAAGCUUCUCGAAAAGAAACUACCUCAGGGACAACAGUUGAGCCUGUGAAGAACAGUAGCCCAGCACCACCUCAGCCUGCUCCUGUCAAGGCAGAGCCUGCUCCUGGGGAUGCAGUAGGUCUUGGUGACAUCACACAGCAGCUGAAUCAAAGUGAAUUGGCAGUCUUAUUAAACCUGCUACAGAGCCAAACUGACCUGAGCAUCCCUCAAAUGGCACAGCUGCUUAAUAUCCACUCCAACCCAGAGAUGCAACAGCAGCUGGAAGCCUUGAAUCAAUCUAUUAAUGCACUGACUGAAGCCAGUUCCCAGCAGCAGGACUCAGAAUCCAUAGCCCCAGAAGAAUCAUUGAAGGAGGUACCCUCUGUAUCAGUGGUCAUGCCUUCAGCAGAACAGACAACUCCUGAAGCCUCAAAUACACCAGCUGACAUGCAGAAUAUGUUGGCAGUUCUCUUGAGUCAGCUGAUGAAAACCCAAGAGCCAGCAGGUGACCUGGAGGAAAACACCAGUGACAAGAAUAGUGGGCCACAGGGACCCCGAAGAACUCCUACAAUGCCACAGGAGGAGGCAGCAGCAUGUCCUCCUCACAUUCUUCCACCAGAGAAGAGGCCCCCUGAGCCCCCUGGACCUCCACCGCCGCCACCUCCACCCCCUCUGGUUGAAGGCGAUCUUUCCAGCGCCCCCCAGGAGUUGAAUCCCGCCGUGACAGCCGCCUUGCUGCAACUUUUAUCCCAGCCUGAAGCAGAGCCUCCUGGCCACCUGCCACAUGAGCACCAGGCCUUGAGACCAAUGGAGUACUCCACCCGAUCCCAUCCAAACAGGACUUAUGGAAACACUGAUGGGCCUGAAGCUGGUUUCAGUGCUGCUGACACUGAUGAACGCAGUUCUGGUCCAGCCUUGACAGAAUCUUUAGUCCAGACCCUGGUGAAGAACAGGACCUUUUCAGGCUCUGUGAGCCACCUUGGGGAGUCCAACAGUUACCAGGGCACAGGAUGGCAGCAACAGGAAUGGCCCCUGAAGAACUCGGGGACAUCCGUCAGUUACCUUGCAUCCAGAGCCUGUCAAACAGUCUCAUCCACAAUACUUGAAGCCAGGUUCAGUGGAAGAUUCUACCUAUCCAGAUACUGCCUGAGGCACCCGAAGUAGAGGCCUGCAGCCUGCCUCCUCUGUCUUCAGUACUCAGAACCAGCACCUCCACUUUCCUUCCCUGCUAAUAUGGAAUCCAAGACCCAGAGAGGAAGAACCAAUGGAAUCCUGCUCUGAAGUUGCUUUAUGUUUUGGAUUUGGAGAGUUCCUGGGAGCACAGGGCAAGAAAAAGUAGAGCCACAGACAGAAAGGAAAGCAGAGAAAGGCAUUGACAGAGGUACCAGUGCUAUGGUGCUAAAAAGAAACAACAGGCCAGAGAUUAAGCCAGGAGGAGAUGUCUGCUUCUGAAACAGCAUACUUGCCCCAUCUUCUUCCUUUUACAUGCCGCUGAGGUGAUAGGACCAAGUGUGCCAGCUCCCCUGGCUGGUGCGCCUGUUCCACUGUUCAGGCAGCCAGGACUCUGCCCUGCACAGAGCACAUACUAGAGUCUCACACUCUGUUGCUCACUCAUCUCUGUCUGUGUUGCAGAUUCCUAAGGAUGAAAUAGAGGCUGUGGCCCUGUGGUAGGACAUUGGUGUGCACUGGGGCUCACUGGAUACAUACUUGCCUGUCUGUAAGAGGGGGUGGAAGAAGGCUGCUGCAGCUCAGCAGAGCUUGAGGUUCUGGUGACUCACAGUAAUGGGGGUGGUUCAUGAAAACAACAGAGGGGAAGGGGGAUCAAGUCUGCUAGAGUUUUCUUUUGCCCCAGUCCUGCCCACUCUGAGCUCUAUAGAUGAAAAAUCUCUCAUCGAGAUUAGGAGAUGUCCCAGCUAUGAAAGAAAGGGAGAGAUGAGAAAGAAGUAAGCAGGAGAUACUGAAUUUUCCUAGUGAAGAAAGACUGAGAUAUCACCUGCUAUCUCCACAGACUACAUGGAGAAUAUUUAACAUCCGUUGUGGCAGGGCAGCCCAGAAAUCCUGGGUUCCUUCCAAAAGAGAGGUUUUCCUGGCAAACAGCUAUUACUAUUGUUCCUCAGUAGCCUGACUAUGACUUUGUAUAUCCAGCUAACAUAAAACUUGGGGCAAGGGGGGGGGGUGUUGUUUAUUUGUUAUUGAGACAAUCUGAUUAUGGAGCUGGCCCAAGCUGGACUCCAAAGUCUUCCAACGUGCUGUUACUAUAAGCAUGUACUACCAUGCCUAAUGCCAGAAAUUUCUUUUUGAAGAUUCUUUUAUGUGCGUGGGUGUUUUGCCUGCAUGUAUGUCUGUAUGUGAAAUGUGUGUCUGGUGACUGUGCGGUAGCCAGAAGCGAGCAGCAGAUUUUCUGGAACUGGAGUUACAGAUGGUUGUGAGCUGCCAUGUGGGUGCUGGGAACUGAACCUCCAUCUCUGCAAGAGCAGCAAAUGAUCUUAACGACUCUGCCAUCUCUUCAGCCACAAUUUCUUAAUAGAAAAACAAAAACAAAGCAAAUACUACUACAAGGCCAGACCCAGGAAGGACUGCCACCUGUGCUUAGUGCUCUCCUCACUAGACUCAGACAGGCACCUUGGACCAGAGAAGCAUCUAGAGACACUGAGACUGCUGAACAGGGUAUUGAUGCAGGCUGGGAAAUGACAGCAGCCACCCAUGUUCAGAAGUGCUGCUCAGGUGUGCAUCUCCAUCCUCUCUCAGUCCGUGACUGGAAUUGACAAAAGGAACAACAGAGAUUUUGGAUACUGGUAUAUCUAGGUACAUGAUAAUAAACAUCCCGACCUCUGGCCUUAUAGAAGAGAGGCUUGGGCGGGUAUUCUGUGAUAGAUUAUGAGUUCUUGUUUGUCUUUUUCUGUUCCUUUUAUUGUUGGAAGCUCUACUUUCUAACUAGAAUGAGGGUGCUCUUCCCAUCUACUGGUGAUCCAGAAAUGACUUUGGUUGGACAAGGACAGAUUAACUAUUCUUCACGCAGGAAGAUGAAGUCAGUUUUCUUCUUCCUCCUUCCUGGCAGUGUAAGGAGCGCUGGGACCCAUUACUAAAGCUUAAUUCUGACCUAAGCUAUCGUAUCAUCUGGCCCUGGAUAUAAAGCUUGUACUAUGAGGGGAGCCUAGAUAUACAGUGAGAUAUGGGCAGGAGUGGGGGACUUUAGCCCCAGAAAAGAUACCACAUUCUCCUUGAUCCUCUUCCUUCCCAAAUCCCUUUCUUUACUCCCUUUCACCUCCCACUGGCCAGCUCAGUUCUUGGCCACCUGAUUACCUCCAAUCUGACCAGAUAUAGUAAGUAGUUAUCCCUCCUUAUACACACCUCCUUCCACUUCUUUCUUCACAGCUGAGAGAUAGCUGAAUUUGAAUUGUUUCUACCACUGAAUAUCACAGGAUCUGAAUUAUAUUCCCAGCCUCUGCUGCCCAGCUUGACUCCACAACUGCCUUUGGAUUGGGAAGCUCUCAUCAGCCCCUGCAAGUAUACCCAGGCCUGAACUGCUAUGUUUGUGGCAUCAAGACCCUGCUCUGGAGUAGAGGGCGGCUUUAGAGGUGCAACUGGGGCCUUGGCCCUAAAUCCAAGAGAAAAGCCACUGUUUCCAGACUAUAUCUAAACUUCAUUCAGGAUAGAUCUGAGAGCAGUAGCCAAUAAGAAGUAUAGCAACUAGCACUUAUCAGGUAUUUCAGUUUGUUAAAUGUAUUUAUAUACAUUAUCCUACUGUCUAUCCACCAGGCAUUUUACUGUGUGUAUUUUGUAUAUAUAUGUUUAAAGUCUAUUGUAUUACAUAGACUUACUGAAAUACAGGGCUCACUUCCUAUUGUUUGUUUUAAAGAUUUACUUUGAUUUAUGUGUAUGAGUAUUUUCUUGCAUGUCUGAUGUCCACAGAGGCCAGAAGAAGGUGUUGGAGCACCUGGAACUCAAGUUACAGAUAAUUUUGAGCUGCCAUGUGGGUGCUGGGAAGCAAACCUGGGUCCUCUGCAAGAGCAAGUGCUUUUGCCAGAUGUGGUGACCCACACAUUUAAUAUCAGCAUUUGAGAGGCAGAGGCAGGUGGAUCUCUGUGAAUUUGAGGAGAGCCUGGUCUACAAAGCAAAUGUCAGGAGAGCCAGGGCUACAAAGAGAAACCUUGUCUAGAAAAACAAAAUAAUAAGAAACAAGUGCUUCUGAUUGUUUGUUUUGACACAGGAUUUCUCCGUAUAGCCCUGGCUGUUCUGGAACUAGCUCUAGACCAGGCUGACCUCAAACACAGAUAUCCACCUGCCUCUGCCUCCUGAGUAGGAUUAAAGUCAUGCCUAAGUUUAAUUAAUUAAAGCUUUCAAACUGAAGAGAUGACUAAAUGGUUAAGAGUACUUAUUAACAAAAUAAUUUUAUCUUGUGUAUAUGAAUGUUUUAACUGCAUGUAUGUGUAUGUAUGUAUGUCUUCAGGUAUAUGUAGAAGGUGUGGCAAAAGCUGACAUUGGACCAGUGAAUGCAGAUCAACAACAGACAGACAAGGCAACCUGAUACCAUCAGGAAACUCCUUGAGGGGCCUCUCACAGGCCCCCAAGCCAAAAGUGGCCCAGUCAUUCUCAAUACCUGUGGAGGACAUGUCUCACCAAGAAAAUUAAAUCCAGAGCCUUCUGUAAAGGACCAUACUGUUUUAAUGAUGGCAUAAACAUGGAGGAUUAAUAAAGGAACUGCUUGUGCCUGUUGAUAGGGCAGAACGUAGGUAGGUGGGGAAAUUAAAUGGAAUGCUGGGAGGAGGAAAGCAGAGUGAGGUAGCCACCAGAGACAGACAUGCCGAAUCUUUCCUGGUAAGCCACUACCAAGUGGUGAUAUACAGAUUAAUAAAAAUGAGUUAAAUCAAGAUGUGAGAGUUAGCCAAUAAGAGGCUAAAACUAAUGGGCCAAGCAGUGAUUUAAUUAAUAUAAUUUCUGUGUGGUUAUUUCGGGGCUAAGCUAGCCGGGUGGCUGGGAUGAACAAGCAGGCUCUUUUCCCUGCAACAUGUAUGUAUGUACACUAAGUGUGCGCCAGGUCCCCCUAGACACCAGAAGAGGUCGUUGUACCUCCUAGAACUGGAGUAUUACAGGUGAUUGUAAGCAGCCACUUGGAUUCUGGAAACUGAACCUAGGUCUUUUUCAAGAGCAGUAAGUGUUCUUAACUGCUAAACAGUCUCUCCAACCCACAUGGUCUUUUUUUUUUUUUUUUUGAUUUAUUUAUUAUGUAUACAGUGUUCUGUCUGUAUGCUUGUUGGCCAGAAGAGGGCAACAGAUCUCAUUACAGAUGGUUGUGAGCCACCAUGUGGUUGCUGGGAAUUGAACUCAGGACCUCUGGAAGAGCAGUCAACGCUCUUAACCUCUGAGCCAUCUCUCCAGCCCCACAUGGUCUUUUUUUUUCAUUAGCUGUAGAUCAAAGCAGGACCUUGCAAAGCAUAUACAAGCUCUCUUCUACUGAGUUACAUGCCUAGCACUAUGCAAGUUUUGAGAGUAUCUCGUGUAGUUCUGACUGGCCUUGAACUCUGUGUGUAGCUGAAGGUGACCUUGAACUUUUUUGGGUGUUGGGUUGGGACAUGCACAUGCUUGGUACAUGUGGAGAUUAGAAGACAACUUGAGAGGCUAGGUUCUCUUCUCCCAUCAUGUGGGUUUUGGACUGAACCAGGGUCUUGGGCUUGGCAACAAGCACCUUUACCGGAUGAAUCAUCUUUUAGUAUCUCCCUCCCCUUUUUUGACACAGGGUUUCAGGCAUCCUGGGCUGGCUUCAAAACUCAUUGUAGCCCAAGAAGACCCUAAACUGGUGAUCCUCCUGCUUCUGCUUGCUGACUGUUGUUGGGCUUACAGGUGUGAGCAUUUUUUUUAUUUAUAUGUUUGCACAUGUACACACCACUGAAUGCAUAUGGAGAUUUGGGGGGAAUACUCUCUUUCUGGGAAUUGAACUCAGGUUAUCAGGCUUUGGAGGCAGGUGCUUUUGCUCACUGAUCAUCUCACCAACUCACCUUAUAUGUUUUUAGAUUUUUUGUGUUUGAGAGAGAGUUGACCCAGACCCAGAAGAAAGAAUUAGAUCCUCAAGAGCUAGAAUUACAGGUAGUUAGCUGGGCAGUGGUGAUGCACACCUUUAAUCUCAGCACUUGGGAGACAAAAGCUAGUGGAUCUCUGUGAGUUUGAGGCCAACCUGGUCUACAAGAGCUAGUUCCAGGGCUGGAGAGAUGGCUCAGAGGUUAAGAGCAUUGCCUCUCUUCCUAGAGGUCCUGAGUUCAAUUCCCAGCAACCACAUGGUGGCUCACAAUCAUCUGUAAUGGGGUCUGGUGCCCUCUUCUGGCCUGCAGGCAUACACACAGAAUAUUGUAGACAUACAUACAUACAUACAUACAUAAAUAAAUAAAUAAAUAAAUAAAUAAAUAAAUAAAUAAGAAAAGGAGGAGGAAGAGAAGGAGGAGAAGAAAACAGACUAGGUUUGAUGGUAUACCCCUUUAAUCACAGUGCUCAGGAGGAUUUUGUGAGUUUGAGGGAGGUCAGUCUGAUGUGCAUAGUUCUAGGUUAGUCAUAACCACAUACUAAGACUCUGUCCAGAGGGGAAAAAAGUUGGGAAGAUGGUUCAUUGAGUAAAUAUGUCUGCCACAUAAGCAUGAGGGCCUGAGUUCAGAUCCCCCACAAACACAUUUGUAACCCAGUAUUGGGGUAGGGUGGAAACAGGUGGGUCUCCAGAGUUUAUUGACCAGCCAUCCUGACCAGUUGGUGACUCUUUGGUUCAGUGAGAGAUCCUGCGUCCAAAAAAUAAAGUGAAGCGUGAUAGAGGAAGAUGCCUCAACCUCUAGGAUCUACAUGCAUAAUCAUACAUGUACCCACACAUAAAUAUAUUACACAUAUACACAAAAACAGGAGGCCCCUGAAUGGUAUCACUUCGCAAAACUAAUAAAAUGUAUCGAUAAUAUUGGCACAGUC